AUCUAAUGUAAGUGUGCACACUAAUAUAACUCGUAGACACAUGUCUGACUUUUACACAAAGAAAGCAACGGACUUUGUGAAGGAGGUGUUCUGGUAUUGAGUGUCAGUGGGGGGACACAUCAAAUAAUGAGCGGAAUACAGAGCCAGUCACAGAAACUCACACUUCACUCUCCUCCCGCUUUCCAUCUCCGUUUGCGCAAGAAACGGAAAGUCGAUCGGUUUUUCUCUAAACGCCCCUCUCUCCGCGUCCGGGUCUCUGUCUCUCUCUCUCUCUCCCGUGGGCGGAGGAGGAGGUGACAAGGGAAACCCGUUAGUUCCUCCUCUGUUGCGUCUAUAUAACCCUCUGAUGUCUCCCCUCGAGCAGAGCUGCACCUGCCGUGGAUGUAUAGCGCUUUAAUCACAUGCCGUUCCUCGAGAUGUCCGCGUCCGCAGAUGUUGAGAGCCAGUCGCCCGCCGCGCGCUCUCGAGGCCGGUGUCUGGACACCUUCCUCACCGUGUCCGUGAUCGCGCUCUUCAUCCUGUUCGUGGGAGCGGGAGUGGGAGCGCUGUGCUUCGCUCAACACAUCGAGAAAAAGAUCGACGCGCGGCCGACGCGAGACUUAGACGGAUCUGCUGACGCGUUGGUCGCGUCGACCGGAAACGCGUAUAAGAUGCAGAAUUUUGUUUACCUGAGGGCCACUGAAAGUGAACUCAAAUCAGGUGUGAUGGCGUGGGAAACUUUCGCUUAUGGAAAGGGUCAAACCAUUGGCUCUCUCUACAGCUAUGACAUAAAACAGAAUGUGCUGAACAUCAAGGAAAAAGGAAGCUACUUCCUGUACGUCCAGCUCAACUUUACUUGCACUGGACAAUGUACAUCUGGCAAGUUCACGGUCAGUUUUUACAAUAAGCACAACAGCGAGGAGCUCAGCUGCACCGUCUCGCUGCCUGAGUGGAACAAAGAAACGCCUCACAGUCAGACGUGUUGGCGAGUCGCAACCUUUCCAGAAAGUGAAAGCCGCCUCAUGGCCAAAUCACGGAUUGAAGGCACACUAAACAACUGGAAACUGGUGAUGAAUGACUCUGGCUUUGGGAUGUUUCUGGUGGACGGAUUAGGAGCGCUGCUUCACACAUGAUCCGCAGAAGCCCGACCGAACUGCUUUGAGGCUGCUCGCGUCACUUCCUUCUACUCAGGACUUGUUUCUAAUGCUCUAACAGACAGGACUCCACUAAUGUCCACAGACUCUAUUGGCUAAUUUGGCAAUGCCUUCAGCUACCAAAAAGAGUGUCUCUUUCACCUUUUAGCUACAAUAUUCAAAUGCAUUCUGCCAAAUUUUGCAGAUUUUACUCUACAACAAAAGCUCAGAAAAUGCAACGACUUCUAGAGACUUUGACUGGGCUUGAACUUAUAAGCAAUGCUUCUUAAGCACUAUUUAUAAUUUAAAUAUAUUUAUAUGUGUAACGUAAAAUAUUUGCAAUAUUUAUAUUUGUAUUUUGUGUAUACUGUACAUAGUGUGUAUAUCCACAUCUGUAGACAUCACUACGUGUGCGAGGCGUCUGACCGAACCCUUUCCUUCACUGAUUGCAUGUACUGUAUUAUUCUACUGAUGUAGGUGCAUCACAGAAAUGAUGAGUGAACUUUGACCCGCACAUCAACACUAGUGCCUCGGUUGGGUCUGUACCCUUCGCCGUAUGUUCAAGAACUCAAAAAGCUGCAUGUGUGAAUGUACAUGAACAUCUCUUCAUGUGUUGUGCGUCUGGUGUGAAGGAAAGCACUGUAUGAAUGCUAACAAACUCAGGAACUCUAGAGAUGAAUGUAAUGAUGAUUGUGUGAAAUGCUUUAUUUUGUAAACGGAGGAUAUAAUAAAAAUGCAAAAAGUUCAUUUUACAUAACUGUGGGCUGUUUGUUGAGGUGAGAUGAUGCUGCCGCUCUUCGGUGUUACUUAUGUUGCAGUUUUAUUUGAGCAUCACCGGAUGUUUCUUCCUAAAAUAAAACAGUAGAACAGA